CGUCACGCGCAGUAGUGUUCGAAUCGACGAGAUAGUGCAACUACAAGGACGAUUCUACUGCAAACUGGAUCCAGCUGGUACGUCAAUGACACUAGUGGGUCGUCCUAACCACGGGUUCACCCGGCUCCCUCUGUGGCGUGCCGCGGAUCGGGAAAACGAGGAGAGUGAGACACUGUUUCCGCGGCAGCCGCUGACAAGAGUUACAGCCAGGCAUGCCAGCCUGCUCGAUCGCGCGCAGUGCGUGGGGACACUGAAGCCCGUCUCGGACAAUGUGGACAGCGUGCGGCCACAGCUGCGUGCGGCCCUCGAGACGUGGCAUGUUGCCUUUGCUCCUGACCGCUCCUGCUUCGUCUGGGCUUCCGGACGCAAGAUCACCAUCGUACCCUGGAGCAGAGAGAGCCGCGCACCGGACCUUAGUCACGUUCAGCAGUCGCUGACAUUCGACUGUGGUGAGGUGGUGUGGGGGCUGGCGGUGACGCGUGCAGACAAGGCAUCAGCGAGCAAUAUGAAGAAGAACUGGGCAUGUCGCUUCAACUUUGCGCAGGCUCCAGUUCUAGCCGUCGGUCUGCAGAAUGGACACAUCAAGAUAUACGACCUCGAGACAGGUAGAGUCGUGUACAUGCGCAUCUGGGAUCUGCUGGGGGAGGAGGAGCCAACACGCGUAGCUGAGGUGGAAGCUGGAACCUCAAUGAAGUUCAGCCCUGACGGCUCGACCGUCGCUCUGGGCACCCGCGAGGGACACGUUCACUUCUGGCGCGUACCGGAGACAAUGGCACCACUGCGCCAUCUAUGUCGCAUGACCAUCCGCCGCCACGUGCCCGCCGCUGCAGUCGCUAAUCUCGAGAUGCCCAAUGCCAUCAAGAAUUACCUCGCUUACCUCACCAUGUAGUUACCUCAUCACCGUGCUCGCCGCGGGAGGCCGCACCAGCGCCACCUGAUGGGGGAAAGAGCACGAGCACGGAGAGGUGGCGCCCCCACGUGCAAUUUCGGCGGGCUCUUGUCCUCGUGCAAUCGGCGUUUGUAGUGGCAGGCGAAUUUGUGCACGUGCUGGUGUCUUUGCUCAAUAAUGGUGAUGAGGCGUCGUUUAUGGCAACGGUGCGUCGUUAGCGGCAACGAGGCGUCGUUAGCGACAACGAGGCAUCGUUGGCGACAACGAGGCGUCGUUAGCCGUGUCCUGUGAGGUGUUUCGCUGUGCCUGCGAUGGCUCGUGGAGAGACACAAGGAAGUCUACCGGGGGUCAAUGUGCAUGUACCACGGUCUACUUGUCCCUGCUUUCAUACAAGCAUGCCUCCAUCACCGAUGUGCCUUAGGGGGGGGGGGUGAGGGGCUCGUCAACCAUGGUUGGUCAGCGCUGUAGUGUUGGCUGUCAGCGGUGUAAGGCGUGUCGUGACACGGCGAUAUUUGCUGUAAAAACCCUCGUCCGGCUGUCCCAUAGUCGGCAGUCCGCUUGUACAGGUGUACAGCUAGCAUCGUUCAUGUUAACGUUUCUUUUCCCUCCUAUUUAUGUACGGUUAACGGCUGUAACGUGAAAAUGUACUGUCCUUGACGUUACCACAAUGUAGAUAUGUAAGGAUACCCUACUUCACUCCAUGCCCUUUCCCACCACCCACUGCCCUAUCCCAGUAGUAUCCUGCGGCUCUCCACAUAUUUCAAUUUUCCUCGCCGUUUUCCUCCCUACAUCUAUUACUAAGUUUAUGUAUAUAGGCAUCAUGCUGAUAACGUGAAAAGAUAAUGCGUAACACCAAUAGUCAGUAGUGGCGCAAUAUUUAUAGAGGCCCAAUGUUUGUCACCAGCAGGUGAUGUAUAAUAUUUGUCACACGCCUGUCUAACUACGUGACAGUAACUUUUGCUCUUCGUCUCAACAAGGAACGGUUUGGCAAAUGAAAUGCCACCUUGGUGCGGCCACGUGCACUGUAUGAUUGCAGUUUACACGGGUAAUGCAGCAAAUAGUUGUAGGCAGUGCAUAGAUGCAGGCAUUCUCUCGUCUACUGUGCUAGUUAAUAACAUUAUGAACACUUCUAUACAAAUGUUCGUAUAACUAUGGCUCAAUAGGCCAGGAGUUAUGGUAUGUUUUAGCCAGGUUCGUUUCUAUAUCUAUAUAAUUAUAUGUGUCUUAUAACAUCUCAAAUUUGUUCUAGUAUAUUACGUAAUUUCUUUUUGACUAUACGCUAUUUAGAGUGAUAUUUAUUUAUGCUUGUUUUGUAAGAAAUAUAACAAGAGCAAGAAAGAGAAGGGGGAUAGAUAUAUAUAUAGAGAGAGAUAAGGGAAAAGAGAGUGUACGUGUGUGCGUGUGUGUGAGUGAGUGUGUGCGUGCGUGAGUGAGUGAGUGAAAUGGAGAUGGAGUAGGUACUGUGCGGUAGUAAGACUAGUAAUAAAUUAUUGUGUUAAUUUUUAAUGUUAAUACAUUUUGAAAUGUAAUUUCUCUGUUAUAUGAUACAUUGCUGGAUGUUUUUGCUCAAAAGUGAAACCUGAGGUGUAAUGUUGUUUGUUUGCUGGUUCUCGCGCACUAUACCGGUCUAUCUAUCUAUCUCUGUCUUUCUAUAUAUAUCUAUGUAUAUCUAUCUAUACAUGUAUAUUCUUCAGUAAUAAAUAGCGCAUUAUGUACAACAAAAAACAA